AUGAUGCUUAGCGCCCUCCGCCGUUCUGCUUUGUGCAAGCCGGCCUCGUUUUCACCUACCCAACUGAGAUUGAUGUCUACCAAAAACCUGAUUAUCAACGCGGUAGGCAGUGACAGAACUGGAAUCGUAUCGGACAUGACAAAACAUGUUACUGAUGCUGGAGGAAACGUCGGGGAAAGCAAAGCAGCCAGGCUCGGCAAAUACUUUUCUCUCAUGAUGGUAGUGAACAUCCCUGAGGAACAUGUGUCCAAGUUGAACGCCCAACUGGAGACUAUGCACGAUUUGAAUGCCACCGUAUUCGAGACAGCGGAAGAUGAUGUGGUCAUCAGUACCGUCAAUUCAGCAAUCGCAUAUUCUGGAAGCUUUACUUUGGAAGGUGCAGAUAACCCUGGGAUUGUUCACAAGGUGACAAGCAUUUUGGCCAAGAAUGGACUCUCUAUCGACAAAAUGGAAACAUCCGAUUCUCUUGCCCCAGGGGGUAGCACUGUUCUUUUUGAAAUGCAUGGGAUCGCACACGCCUACGAACCGUUGGCGGCCGGCUUUGAUCUGGAAAGUAUCAAACAGGAACUUCUUGAUUUGGGAGACGCCAUGAAUUGUGAUAUUUCUAUGGACGACCUAUAA